GUAUGCUGGUGUGUUUAGUUACUUUAUACUCUGACAUUUUAUGCUUUGACACUUUCAUAAAAAGGAUUGAAUUAAAAGCAUACAACAAAACGAGCGGAUAUCUAUCCGAAAAAAGUGUCCACCAUGAAUCAUGUCAAUAUAUUGGAGGAAAUUUUCCAACGCCAUCGAGAGAAUAUUGAACAACAUUUGCUGGGAAUGGUGAAUAGCUACACGGCAAGCCAUGACACGGCACCGAAUGAAAUCCAAAUGCGACACAUUUUUGAUUCUUUGUCUAAUCGUGUGAGCAAUAUUUGCGAGAUUGUUCGGGAAAGCCGUACAUCGGGCCAAGCUGCGCUUACCAACUGCAGUGCAGAACGAGAACCAAUGGUGAAAAAGUACGGCAAACAGGAGUCGCUGACUGAUACGGAUCAUGCUGAUGACAAACAAUCGAAGAAUAAGCCUAACGAAAUAGAAGCACACCGAGUGGACCGAUUAUCACCAAAAAUGGCUUUCAAAUUGCGAUCUCUAGUGGAUCCCAUUGUGAAUGCAAAGUAUUCACCGGGUAAAAUUUAUGCGACUUGUUAUUUUUGCGAGCAAAAUUUGGAAGCGAGUCUUCGUCAAUGGAAACGUCAUAUAUUACAGCAUACUGGUGAAAAUCAAUUCAGUUGCAGUCGAUGCCAUGCUGAAUUGUCGUCCGAUAAAUCGGUUCAUUGUGAAGCCGCAUCAUCGGUUGUUGUUUUACUUGAUGGCGAACAUUUGCAAGCGUUUAUGUGUCGAAUUUGUAAUUAUACAAAAACAAACUUUCGUACCAUCACCAGACACAUUUAUAAUGAUCACAAAAAGUCAUGGGACGAAGCAAAUGAAUUUAUGGAAAAAUUGACAUUGUUGCCAGAUCUAUCGCGCCGAUAUUCGUCAAUCUCGACCCAUUACAAAUAUGUUGAGGUCGAUCGUCGGUAUAAUUGCGGUGUUACGCGAUGCAAUUCAACUCACGAAAAUGUAAAGCAGCUUGAGGAUCACUUUAAGACUCAUCAUACAACAAAAAUUGUAUAUUUUUGUCCACACUGCGACGAAGAUGUGAACAUAAGAAAUCACAACUAUCGGGCUAUAAACAAUCAUUUGUACCUUCACAGCAGCCAAUUGUACGAGUGUGGUGUAUGUUCGGACAAAUUCAUUGGCGACAAAAAACUCAUCAAACACUCUGUAUUCAAUCACAAUGACGAAAAAUGUACAUAUCGUCGUGAUAUUCGAAGUAUUGUGAGCAGAGCAGAAGAUUUACAAAACGUCAUCAUUCUGUUCGAGUGCGAUAAAUGUGCGGCACGUUUUUAUGUGUAUUCAAAAGCAAUUCAACAUUAUUUACACUCUCAUCAAUCGCUUUAUGCCAGUUUGACACUGAUUCAAUUGUUCAAGAGAGUUAACUUUGACGCAACGAUUACAUGGACGAAGGCAAUCGAAUGGAAUGCAUAUUGUCAGCAAUAUUUCGUUUGUAAAUGGUGCAAAGAUUUACUUAAAACGAAGGAAGACAUCAUUCGUCACUGUAAUAGAUGCACCAAAUUCAGGAAAGAACUAUCUCUCAAGCUUGAAUGUGAUUUUUUGACUGAAAAGCCAAAUUCAAAUAAUGAAAACUCGAAAUUUGAUCAAUAUCUGAUGUAUUUUUGUGGCAUUUGUGGUGAUUCUGAUCGUUCAAUGUAUGGCAGUGUCGAUGCAGUGUACACCCACUGGAUGAAGUGUCACGAAAACAAAUCAGAACCAUUUCGAUUUGAAAUCGACCAAUUGGUAAAAUGCAGAUACUGUAAUGUGAUCAGCACGUUUGACGCAAUGAAAAAACACCAAGACAAUCAACAUCCCAAGAAACCAUUGGUAAUUAAACAUUUGUUAGACGCAGAUAAAUGUGGUCUUUGCUCCAGCAACUAUGAUCGGGCGCUUAUUCAACACUUUGAAAACCAUCACCAAUUGAUUUUCACCGCCAAUUUAUUCAACCCAGUCGUUUUGACGGAAAAUAUUUUGAAGGAACUCGUCAAGGUUAAGGGACACAAGAAACACAAGUGUAUUCAUUGUGCCGAGAUAUUUGAGACAAAAGGCGAAUUUCACAAACAUCAUGAUCGAAAACAUCAAUUGCUGAAAAAACAAUCCGAAAAAUUCUACGACAAUGAGAGUGUUCACAUGAUUUGUGGCGUAUGUGAAAACAAAACCAAAGCAAAUCAUUUAAUGAAUCACCUUAAAAUACAUAAUAUCGCAUCGAAGUGUUUGCUGAAGAAAUUUUAUUGGGAAACUAAGGUCGUUUUUGGCAACGGACUGAUUUUGAACAAACACAAUCUAUUGGGCACCGAAUGGGAUGAUAGCAAACUACUGGGAGUCUAAAAUCCACUGAUGACCCCAUGGACGAGUUUUUCUUUUACCUCCAUAACAUUAAUGGAAAUAGUCUUUAGGGCUUUAUUUUCUAAACCAUAUUUUUCCAUCCAUCUUUUAGCCAAAAAAAAAUAUUUGACUUAUAUUUUCCAUACUUGAAGAAAGACAGAAGAUUUUUUUUCAUUCAAA